UUUUGAGACAGAAUCUUGCUAUGUAGUGAGGUCUGGCUUCAAAUUUGUGACCCUCCCGUCUCAGCCUCCCAGAGGUGGUAAAAUUCCAGUGCUGGAACUACAAGCAAGUACUGCCACACUGUUCUAGCCAGUGCUCUUAACUACUAUAGUAUUAAACUCUAUCAAGUUCUACCCUCUCCAUAAUUUAGAUCAAGGUUAAACCAUCACAGCUGAGAGGCUACAUAAUCUCCAAGGCCCUUUCCAAAAAAUAGGUGUAUCACGAAACACAGAAAUCUGUUCAAAAUACACAUAUUUGUGGUGGUCUACUCCAGGCUUAAGGGGAAGACCAUCAAUAGAACCCAAUAAUGGGAAAGUGUUACAGUUUGGAUUAGGAAUGUCCCCCGAAGGCUCUUGUGUUGAAAGCUUGGUUCUCAACUCGUGGCACUACUGGAAAGUGGUGGAAACUUCAGCAGAUUGGGCCUAACUGAAAGAAGAAGGUCACAGGAGCUAGGGAUCCUACAGCUUGCUCUGCCUCCUGCCCAGCUGACACGAUGUGAGCAGCUUUGCCCCAUCACAUGCUCCCCACCACGACAUGCUGCCUCACCACAAACCCAGCCAACCACGGACUAAAGACCUCCAAAACUUUGGAAGAAAAUGAUCGCUGCCGGACACGCUGAGUUUCGCGGCUUAUCUCUGCGGCGCCUUCUCUGAUUGGCUGUGAGGAACCACGGUCAAUGCGUCACUUCCGGCGGAAGCGGGCGCGGGAGAUUCGAUUGAAUGUAUUUGGUGAUCCUCUGCGCCCAGCUGACCUACGUUACUUGAGCGUUCCCGGGAGCGGCCGCUGGGCCUUUGCCGCAGGUCCCGGUGUAAACACAUGACUAGAAAAAGGAAAUUUCUUCUUGCCUCAGUACUUGCUCUCCAGAAUUUGAGUUUUAUAUACCCAUCAUGUCAAAAGUGCUUCUCUCGGAUAAUCCUCGGCUCCAAAAGGUCUAGUUGUCCAAAAUGUGGCUGUACUGGUGAAGUGGAAAAUACACGUUACAGAUACAAACUUUCCUUAAAAGUUGCAGAAACAAACAAAUUGUUUUUCAUUACCGUAUUUGGAAGCUGCUUAGAUCCAUUUUUUGGUCUUACUGCCACUGAUUUGCACAGGUGCAUUCAUGAUCCUAAUAACAUUUCAGAAACACUGGACAGUGAUACAGUUCAGGACCUGUUAGCCAAAGCAGUUGAAACUUGCUUUGUUGGGCAAAGCUUUAUUUUUGGAGUGACGAAUUUUGAAAAUCAUUGUGGACAUGGUUCAGAUUCCAAUAACUUCUUACAAAGGUGUCAUGAUCUCAGAAGAAAAAUCAGAGCGCUGGUAGCUUGCCAGAUCCUUCUGCCAGACCCACGUGCUGCAGGCUUCACUGUCAUUGACUGUUUCCAUCAGUUUUUGCAGACUUCCAACUUGAGGAAGCUGCACUGUGGCUCCCAGAAACCCAGCAGCCAGUUACUUUCUUUAGAUCACUCCAGUAGUGAUCACAGCAGCAUACGUGAUUCUGACAGCACUUCCUGUUUUUCUGAGUCUCACCCUAGAGAUAAUGUUUCAAGAUUCGGGCACCUAUCACUUGAACUCACCUCUACUGUUUCACAGCUAACAGAUAAGGAGGAUUUUUCAGCUUCAGAACAAAGCACGGCCAUUGGUACUCCUCACCAAAACAGAAAGUGCUCGUCCUUGCCAGAGAUCACUGGUUCCAGUGAUUGCCAUAAUUCCAUUCAGGGUUCCUGGAGCCUUGUUUCAUAUACGGACAGAAAAAGUACCCCAAAAAUGUUGGGUGAAGAACUUGGCUUACAGGGUAAUCAGCUGAGUGUAGUUCACAGCAGUCAUCACAAAACUAGCAUUGCUAGCUCUAAUUUGUUCCCUUUGAAAAUGCAAGAGCCCCUUGAGUCUAGUAUAGAAUCCUUCCAUGAUACAGUAGAAAUUGAAAAUAGGUAUUCCCCAGAUGAGCUACCAUGUUACCAAUGUCAGUAUGUAGACAACACUAGCCAUCAAGAGAUAGCUACCUCUUGUUCACCUGCACCACUCAGACCUGAAGAGGUAACCAGCAGUUCUCAGGAUUUUGACCCUGUGUUUUGGGAUGACCUUCCAUUAUCAGAAAGCCUGGACAAGUUUCUGGCAGUUGUUGAAAGUGAGGUUGCUAAAACCCCAAGAGAUGGCAGGAAUAAGAAACAUAAUAUAGAUAAUGACAUAGAUAAAUUCCAUACAGACUACACCAGGUUAUCUCUGUCUCCAUGGAGAACUACUGGAGCACUGUGUACACCACCUGCACCUUUAACAUCAUCACAAGCAACAAACAAAGCAAACUCUACCAAAGAUAACUUCCUUUCUAACUGUGAAGCAAAUAAGGGUUCUAGUAUUCAUAAGGAGUCACAACCAGUUAACGCAGCAAAUGGUGUCUCCAUAAGCAGUAAUGGAACAGCAGAGGCUAUAUGUGCAAGCAGUAGUGGAAGGAGUGUUUCAGACUAUUCCACACCAAAAACUUGUCUGUCAGCUCUGUUUCUAUCUUCAAAAGAUUUAGAAACAACCAUUACUCUUAAGAAAACUAUUGAAAUUCUGCCACAGAGAGAGAAAAUUUCACCUAUGCCCAGUACUUCAGAGAAUGACCAUUCUUACCUUGGUAUCAAAUAUUUUAGUGGAUGUGGGGAAAAGUCACUUUCAGAAGUGAAUGAAAGGUUGACAACUUUGUGUUCUAAGGCAUACAAUGAUGUUUCUGAGCUUUGCAAACUAGAAAACAAACAUUGUAUGUGGCCAAAGAACCAACAUGAUAUUUUUACAAUUUGUAGGAAACUUACAUAUCCUUUAGAAACUCCUUGCAGUAGUCCUGGUAUUAGUACAAAUACGUUGAAAGAAAUGUCAUAUGGACAUAUCGAUAAUAAUUUAACACAAAACUCUCCUUGUCAUGAAAACUCUCUUGGUCACUACAAUGCUUCUGCUGAUCUCUUUGAGGAUAUUGCUAAAGAUAUAGACAUUACAACAGAAAUUACCAAAAAAUCGAAGGACGUUGUAUUACAAUGGGAGACAUCUUUGGCAGAAAAACAUCUUGAAGAGUCUGAAUUUUCACUAAAAUCACUUUCUGAAAACUCUACCCAGUCUUCAGAAAAAUUAUCCUUGCAAAGCAUAUCUGCCUUCGGGUAUCCAAGAACAUGUUCUCCUCUGCCUCAUCCUCAGUCAGAUUUGGAAUAUGAUCUUGAAGACAGCCAAAACUUUAUUCCAUGUUCACAGUCCACUCCAGUUACAGGAGUCUGCCACACAAGAACUCAUGGGAUACAUGGAAUUUUCAAAAAAUUACCUGUACUUUAUGCAAAUAUUAACGCUAACUAUAACAAAACACAAAUAUCUCCUGAAAAUAACACACAGCAAGCCAUUCCAAGUUGUCCACAAAAUAUAAAAGUACAUAGCCAGAAAUCCAGAAGCCCUGUUAUAACUGCUAUUACACAACCAAAGACUUUCAACCACUGUACUGUUGCUGAGUGCUCUGAAACUGAGGCAGAUGAAUGGGUCCCCCCUACCACAAAGAAAGUGUUUCACUCAGAUAGCCGUGGGUUCCAGGUCAUUGGUUUAAGGAAAUGCCCUGCUGCCCAUAAUUCACCUGACCAGGGAGAGGUACCAAGAAAGAAACUGAAACAUAUCAAACAAAGAACUGAUACCUGUUUCAUUAAGAAGAAGUUUAAAAAGAGUAUGUUCACAGGAAGAGGUGCAAAACAGAAAACUAAAUAUAACUGUAAAAGUUCAGGCCAGAUUUCUGAAGAGUCAGUUUUUAAAGUUGGUUCCUUUUCAGAAAACUCUGUACCUUUAGUAUCUGAAACAAAAAAUACUUGGUCACCUGAGUUGUUUUCAUAAACAAAAAAUUACCUGAGCCCAAUUCCUAAAUUUUUAAUACAGGUGAAUCUCAAAACUUGCCUCUUGUGGCACAGAAAGUAUUAUUUACAUUUUGCACACUUUAAUAGGAGUAAACAGGGAAGACUGGACUGGGUGCUAUUGAGUUUUUUAAAUGUAAAGCAGUUGUUUUCUCUGUUUUAUCCAGAUAUUGUGACUAAGACACUUAGGCACUUUAUAUUAUAUUGUUCAUUGUACUUUAGUAAUAAUAUUAAUUUUUCUUUUCAAAAAUAUUUGUUGAAAUUACAAGUACAUCCAUAAAUAAAGCCUUUA